ACAGAGCUCCGCCUCACACCCAGACGAUGAGCAUGGGAAAACAGACCCAAUCCUUCCAGCGGCCACAGGCAGCAAGGAGGAAAUAGCUACACCAUUACCCAAAGAGGUUAUGCGGCAACACUUUGAGAAUCGGGGACUAAGCAGACGAACAGUGGAUAUCAUUACAGCUUCAUGGAGAGCAUCAACCUGCAAGCAGUACCAAGUUUACAUCACACAGUGGCGAAGAUUUUGCCACAGCAGGAAUACGAGUUACCUCCAAGCCGAGGUGGAAAGGGUACUAGAAUUCCUUAGUAGUUUAUUUCAUGACAGGAACCUUAGCUACAGUGCGAUCAAUACAGCUUGUAGUGCUUUAUCCACUUUUCUGAUUCUCGUUGACAGUAAUCAGACAAUAAGUACUCACCCACUUAUAACCAGACUGAUGAGAGGUGUUUUUCAACUCAGACCUGUCUUACCUAGAUAUACAGAAAUAUGGAAUAUUAGUCCAGUCCUCAAUUUUCUAAGAAAAUUGUCUCCAGUAAACUCCUUAAACCUCAGAGAUUUAACACUCAAAGUAUGUAUGCUAAUGGCUCUUGUAUCGGCACAGAGAGUGCAAACCUUGCAUAUAUUGAAGACUAACAAGAUGACCCUGAAAGGGGGCUUUGUGGUUUUUCAUUUGGAUGGACACUUGAAGCAAAGCAAACCAGGAAAUACCAAUUUUAAGUUUAAAUUGGAAGCAUAUCCACCUGAUAGAAGAUUGUGUAUUGUAAAAUAUGUGAAACAUUAUGUCCAGCGCACAGGACCACUUCGUGGGAAUGAGAACUCGUUCUUUGUAAGUUACACCAGACCUCAUAAUAGAGUAACAACUCAAACCUUAUCUCGCUGGAUCAAGACCUGCUUGCUAAGAGCAGGUGUGGAUACAAACGUUUAUAAGGCUCAUUCAACACGGGCAGCAUCAACUUCAGCAGCUGCCAAGGCAGCACUUCCAAUGGACCAGAUCCUAGCCCGAGCAGGAUGGUCUUCAGAGAAAACGUUCAGGAAGUUCUACAAGAAACCUUUUGAAAACAAGAGAAACUUUACCCAGGCAGUCUUACAAGAUAGCACACUGCUUUAAGAACUGCAUCAGAAGGCUUUUCAAUAGAACUGGCAUUAAGAGACCAGCUGUCUAAUUAAUAGAACUGGGAUUAAGAAACCAGAUGGCUAGAAUAAACUAGACACAGAAACGAACAAUGUUUUUGCAACAUUAUGACGUCUUAUAUAUGGACGUCUUGUAUGUGAAAUGUUUUGCCACAUGUAUGAACAGACUACAAUAACUGUCAAAUAUGGUGAGUCAUUGAUUAGAAGCAUUCAAUUCAAUCUGCAUAAUCAGUGUUCACUUUUCCGUACAUGUUGGUUGUUCCAAAUGUGGCUACUAUGCUUCAAAAUCUCAUGUAAUUUCGAACGACGAAAUAUGAUAUAAAAUAGUAAGAUUAAACGAGAACUUACCGUUUGAAGUUUGAUCUUUAUUUUAUGAAUAUUUAGGAGGAAGUUAUUACAUGCCCUCCUCACCCACCCAAACUUCAAACUUAAGUGUAAGUUCCCUGUUCCUUACUAUUGAGAGUAGCCACAUUUGUAGCUUUGAAUAUUGACUGCGCAUGCGCUUGGCGGGAUCUCAUGUAAUAACUUCCUCCUAAAUAUUCAUAAAAUCAAGAUCAAACUACAAACGGUAAGUUCUCAU